CUUCCUUCUAUCAUGGCUGCAGUACAGCAUGGGACAUCGUCAACUCCCUCCGGAAAGGGACCCGAUCCCAUCCUUCUUACGUUAUUUGCCAAUCGUUUCAUGAGCGUCGCUGAAGCGAUGGGUAGAUCCUUACAGCAGACCUCAAUCAGUACGAACAUCAAGGAGAGACUCGACUUCUCUUGUGCUCUUUUUGCUCCGGACGGAGAUCUGGUCGCCAAUGCACCUUUCAUCCCAAUACAUCUGGGAUCGAUGAGUUUUGCUGUCAAGUAUCAAAUGAAGCUAUACGGAAAGGACCUGAAAGAAGGAGAUGUUUUGAUGACGAACUCUCCGCACGCUGGUGGCUCUCACCUUCCAGACAUCACAAUAAUUUCUCCCGUUUUCGACUCUAAUACCAAACAAAUCAUCUUCUUUACUGCAUCCCGCGGUCACCAUGCUGAUAUCGGCGGGAUUCUUCCCGGUUCAAUGCCCCCAACAUCCGUCACUCUCUUCGAGGAAGGCGCGGAGAUAAUCAGUUUCAAGAUCGUCAACGAAGGUGUCUUUGAUCGAGACGGCCUGAUAGAAUAUAUGAUCGACAAACCCAGUCAAUAUCCUGGAAGCUCUGGUUGUCGGAAUUUCAGAGAUGUGGAGAGUGAUUUGAAAGCGCAAAUUGCCGCAAACCACAAGGGGAUCCAGCUCAUACACGCGAUCGUGGAUGAUUAUGGCCUGGAAACUGUUCAAGAGUACAUGUAUCACAUCCGAGCUAACGCAGAGAUGUGCGUACGGAACCUUCUACGGGAUGUUGCCAAACGAGCCGGCACAAAUGUACUCUCUGCUAUUGAUUAUCUGGACGACGGAUCUCCCAUACAACUCAAAGUCGAAAUCGAUGAAGACAAAGGAUCGGCGGUCAUGGACUUCGAAGGAACUGGAUAUGAAGUUCGUGGAAAUCUGAAUGCGCCUAUCUCCGUGGUACAUUCGGCAGUCAUUUAUUGCAUGAGGUCCAUGUUGGACAUGGAUAUUCCUUUAAAUGCUGGAUGUCUGGUUCCCUUAGAUAUUAGAAUUCCUAAGAAGUCCUUCCUGUCACCGUCUCGGAGAGCUGCCGUCUGUGGAGGCAAUGUACUAACGUCGCAACGUAUUGUGGACGUCGUGCUGAAAGCUUUCCAAGCCUGUGCUGCCAGUCAAGGGUGUACCAACAAUCUUACUUUUGGCGCAGGUGGCAAGGAUAAGGAUGGGAGAGUGGCGGCUGGAUGGGGCUAUUAUGAGACUAUUGCAGGCGGUUCUGGCGCAGGCCCAAAUUGGCACGGCACUGAUGGCGUCCACACGCAUAUCACAAAUACUCGUAUCGGUGACGUGGAAAUCCUUGAGCGUCGUUACCCUGUGAUUCUGCAUCAAUUUGGCCUUCGUUCCAAUUCAGCAGGUGUCGGUAAAUGGAACGGAGGUGAAGGUGUCAGGCGUGAAAUCGAGUUUCUCGAACCAAUGCAAGUAUCGAUAUUAUCUGAGCGUCGAACCAGGCAGCCAUACGGCAUGAAUGGAGGCGGACCUGGUGGUUUUGGCCGUAAUACUUGGAUGAAACGCCUUCGAGAAGAAGACGGGGACCUGGAAGAUGAGUCUACUGGUCCCGUACGAGAAAUAAACAUUGGGGGCAAAGCUACAGUUUGGAUGGGAAAGGGAGACAGGCUUCUGGUGGAAACGCCAGGUGGAGGUGGCUGGGGAUUACCGGACGGUGGAAUGCCUGCCGCUGUCCCACAUACUCAAGCUUGGGAGCCCAGGGGUUCCUUUGCAGAAAGAGCAGCUGCACAGGCAUCCUUCUGAUGACGGUUUUUAAUAUCAAUCGCGAUAUCAGCGGGAUCUUUCGUUUGUAUUUCUACGUCCGAGACGAUCUCCCGGCUCUAACCUUAAAUCGUCUACGUACUCUCGUGGAAUCUGAUUUUGUUGAUCUUUUUGAACUGC